CAUCGUCAUAAAUUCUGAUCUCAAAUUCCACACGCCAAUUUCAAUCCCUCUAUAAACAUGAACUCCCCCACCCCCAACCUAAUUAACCUUCCUCCAAUUAACACCAUUACCGUUUAAUCUCCAAGAUCAUGAGCUCAAUCGCUCCGCCGGGCUUCCGCUUCUACCCAACCGAAGAAGAGUUGAUCGGAUUCUUCGUCCGCUACAAGCUCGACCGCCGGCGAGAAUCCGACAUCGAGCGAGUCAUCCCCGUCGCAGACGUCUACUCCUUCGAUCCAUGGCAGCUCCCCUCCAUGGCGGGGGAAGCGUGCAGGGCGGACGGGGAGCAGUGGUUCUUCUUCUGCCCGCGGCAGGAGUGGGAGGCCCACGGCGGCCGGCCGACGAGGACCACGCCGUCGGGGUACUGGAAGGCCACAGGCUCGCCCACCCUCGUGUUCUCGUCGUCGGAGAACAACCGGGCACUGGGCGUGAAGAGGACCAUGGUGUUCUACCGAGGCAGAGCGCCCACCGGCACCAAGACCAAGUGGAAGCUGAACGACUACAGAGCAUUCGCCGACCACCAAGGCGCGGCCGCCGCCUCAGCCUCCGCCUCCGCCUCGUUGAAAUUGCGCAGCGAAUUCAGCGUGUGCCGUGUGUACACUAAGUCGGGCUUGAUCAGGGCGUUCGAUCGACGUCCAGUUGGAGGCGCCCAAAGAGCUCGGGAGCUCGAGAGGCGGGGCCAUGACUCGCCGGUGCGCCGACGGGACGACGGCGGCGAUAACCUCAGAGUCGACGACGAUAGUCUCUCGACCUCUUUCUGGAGUGGGCUUGAGGAAUAUUGUCAAUAACACUAAUAAUUUUAUUGAUGCCAUUAAUUAGUUCGUAAUUAAAAUUUAAUGUUGGGAACUCUGAAGUUUGUCAUCCAGUGAAUCCUUGUUAACAGCCUUUUCUUAAUUGUGGAAAGAUUUCGCA